AUGUCGCCCAAAACGCCGUUUACCAUCACUUACAGCAAGCCUGGAAUCGUACCUCCCGUUUUCCUCGCAGGCUCUUUCUCGGAUCCACAAUGGCAACUCCAAGAGAUGGAAUGUAUUUCUGACCAAAAUGGAGAGCAUACGUUCCAAUCUGAAGUUAUGCUUGAGCCUGAACAGGACUACCAAUUCAAGCUUCGUAUAGGGCAUGAUAACUGGGUUCUGGCAGAGAACUACCCCACAGCAACCGACGACUCUGGUAACGAGAACAAUGUUGUCCACACACAGAAACCCGCAGAAGAACAAAUUGCCCCAGCUGGCAUUGAUACACCGGAAAUCAAGUUGAACCCUGCCACACAGUCGAAUGUGACACCUUCGGAAGUGAACAAUGUGGAGAGUGACACACAAGAUUCCAAGGUACCACUAUUCGCACAUGAGUCGCCAGGCGACGAUGUCGAAGAAGACACCGAAGAAGACAACGAAGAAAACAAGAUACCCUUGUUCGCGCAUGAAUCUCUGGGCAACGAUGUCAAGGAUGAAGACCCUGAGGAUUUUAAGGCGCCUCUGUUUGCCCACGAAUCGCUUGUUGAUGAUUCUAAAGACGAAUCUGAGGAGAUGAAGAUGCCGCUGUUUGCUCAUGAGUGCUUGGGUGCUUACGAUUUCGGAGAUGACGCAGAACAUGACAACACUCUGAACGCCAACAGUAGCCCGAGACAGGCCUCGAAAGUCAAAACGAUGCGCGAUAAGACGUCCGAACUCGACGUGAACGACCCUACUCUCGAAAGCUUUCCAUCCGACCGUGGUUCAAUCCUCGGUACCAUACGCUCCAUUCAGACACACCUUGGAGAAGACCAGACUCACCUCGACGACAUUCCCUCGUCACCUCGUGUGAUCUCGUCUAGAAGAACUAGUCUGGAUUCUAAUGAUGACUUGUGCUUGUCCCCUGCGUCUUUCAGUCCUACCGUUACUAGAAAACGUGAUAGCAGACCUUCUCACAGCUUCGGAAGAACCCGCUCGGCCGUAUCUCUGGGGUCAAUAGAAGAGGAGCCUAAGCCUUCUCCCAACAGACAAUCGAAGGGCCCACCUAUUGUGUCUCUACCGAACCCCAACUCGAAAGACAAAGUCUUUGGGCAAAAGUCGCCCCCUAGCGAGGAGGACGAAGCUGUUGUCAUGAAGACGUCUGAGGUAAAGCCCAGUGCGAAGACAAGUGGCGAGUCACCAUCUCAAGUUGAAAGUUAUCCGGCCCAGAAUACCCAACACGAAAAGGCCCCCAGCGCCGUUACGACCGAACGGAUUCAGGACAAUAUACAGUCCGAAGCGGUCGAUAGUCGAACGAAUAAUGCUCCGCUCGCUGCCAAAUCUCUGGGGUACGAAACGCCGUCUGGCCCUCAAUCAGAGCCUGUCCACUCUCUACAAGACGCCCAACCUGCGCCGAUCCCGAAGAGCGAGAAGGUAGUAAAGAAGACAAAGCCUUCUGGAGAAUCGUCUCAGCCCCCUCGUGGGAACGUAGUACCUAUGGAUCAAAUCAAGAACAAUUGCACCGGCCAAGUUUCAUUUUCACAUGCUUGUAACAGCAAUGGUCAAAGGUGGGAUGCUGAAGCAUUAGAGUCUACUGCGGGGCGGCACCAACGUUUAGCAUCGCAACACUUCAAGCCUCGCCCCUCACGCAUGGUUCUAUCGGAUCGAGUCGGCCAGGCCCCUCCAUCUCGCGAUGACCGACAAAGACGUCGCGAGGCUCCAGGUCCCUUUGGUGGAAUGAAUAGAAGAGUCGCCAAUGUCGACCCUGCCCGCAGAGCCGGUCGGCAACGUGUGGUAGGAGGAAAGGAUUCAAAACCCAGUAACACAAGAGAGAGGGACAACCGAAGAGGGGGAACAAAAGAUGGUGAUGAUCGAAAGGCACUCAAGAUGCAGCGUGCUCUGGCUACAGUCUCAUAUGGAAAGCGAAUGAUGACGAAGGAUAUCCUGACCGAAUACGACUCGUUCGAUAACUUCGACCUAAUCCCCGCCCUACAAGUCGCCGUCAACGAGGAACUCUUCAAGGGUAUGACCGAUAUCAAGCCAACGCCUGUGCAAAAACUUGCAAUCCCCGCUCUGAUAGGCCAAAAGAGUCCUGAUGACCUUAAGAGGCCAUCGGAAGAAAUGAGAUCAUUCCUUCUCGCCGCCGAAACAGGAUCUGGAAAGACGUUGGCGUAUCUUCUACCAGCUGUCGAUGCUCUCAAGACAGCUGAGGCCGCAGAUCCUGAGUUGAAGGCAUACCGUGAACGAUGGGAGAUCGAGAAGGAACGACAAUUAGCAUCCAAUUCCAAGGGAAAGCCGUUCGACGAACCACACCCUACAAUGGCCCGUCCCAAGGUUGUCAUUCUUGUACCUACAGCCGAGCUUGCACAUCAGGUUACGAAGACAUCCAAAUCGCUAUCCCAUGUCGCCAAGUUCAAGACAGAACUGCUCUCGUCGGAUCUGAAGCCACAGCAGAUCCAGCGCAACUUGUACGGACCCAGAGGAGUUGACAUCAUUGUCUCGACACCUCAUCUUCUUGCAUCCAUCGCCGACUCUGAUCCCAACAUUCUUUCUCGUGUCACCCAUCUGAUCGUCGAUGAGGCCGACUCUCUAUUCGACAGAAGCUUCGCACCUGUAACGACCAGCAUCGUCGAGCGUGCAAUGCCAUCCUUGAAGCAAUUUGUCUGCUGUUCUGCCACUAUCCCUCGAAAGCUCAACAACUAUUUAGCCACCAACUAUCCCAAGAUGACCCGAAUUACCACCCCUAACCUUCACGCCAUUCCUCGACGUGUUCAACUUGGAGUCAUUGACGUCUCAAGAGAACCCUACCGUAACAACAAGGAUCUCGCCUGUGCUGAUGCGAUUUACUCCAUCGGUCGCGAAGCCUCCAACCAUGAGGGCCCUGUCAAGGGCGAAGUCGAUGUUCGUCGUAUCAUGGUGUUUGUCAACGAGCGAGAAAAGACCGAAGAGUUGGCUGAAUAUCUCAGAGAAAAGGGUAUCAACGCCGAGGCUCUUCACAGGGACACUCCCGAAAAACGCCAUGGCGAGGUUUUGGCAACAUUCACAUCUCCAGACCCUCUCAGAAUCCCUACACCAACGCUCAAUGCCAAGAAGCGAUCUCUGCCCAACGUGAGAGUUCUGGUUGUCACAGAUUUGGCUUCCAGAGGUAUCGACACUCUUGCAGUUCGUCAUGUCAUUCUCUACCAUGUACCGCACACAACUAUUGACUUUAUCCACCGACUGGGUCGUGCUGGACGAAUGGGUCGACGAGGUCGUGGUAUCGUGCUUGUUGGCAACGACGACAGAAAGGACGUUGUUGCAGAGGUCAAGAACAAUUCAAUUAAGAAACGAUUUGCUGAUGCUGAUGCUGAUGCUGAUGCUGAUGCUGAUGCUGAUGCUGAUGCUGAUGCUGAUGCUGAUCGAAGUUCUCGAUGGCGGGCCAAAAGCUAA